AUGGGCAUUCUGGAAGGUCGUGGGAAAUACUGGAAAACUGUUGGCGCUCCACGAGUCUCUGCCCUGCGCAACUCCUGUAUGCCGGAUAGACCCAUCUCUUUCAGCCUCUCCUCUCCAGCGCCGUUGAUCGUAUUACUGGUCCUAAAUCGCUGCGUUCUCCAAUACGUCUUGAGAUUGAAAUCUUCAUCGACGGCCGUUUGCGAGUGGGGCCUGGCGAGUGGUUGUGCUGAGACUCAGAGCGAGCUGCUGGGCUGGGUAGUGGUCGAGUGUAGAAGAAGGCCCAACGGCCGCAGAGAGAAGAUCCACUCUGACUUCCGUUCGGCUUGGUCGUGGGCGAUCAGGUUGCAGGUUGCAAGGGCCUGUCGCAAUCGUCAGUCACUUGCAGGUGUCAACCCGCCAGGAAUACCACCAGGCCAUACGCAAACCGCCGGUCUCAAUGAACAAGCGCAUAAUAGCAUCAUCUGCGGGACAUGA